CACAGAAAAAACUGUUUCUACUCACGGGGGCUAUCAGCGCUCACCGUGCGGCAAAGGGGAAGACGACGGAACAGGUAUUUGGAAAGGAUCACCGUGUGCUCAACGACAGCGGCAGCGUUAGCGGUAGUAGUGAACGCUCCGAACGAAGUGUAUAAACACACUGGUUAGUCGGCUUCGCAUUCCAUCGUUCCGUGAAAGAAUGAAGAACUCGGACUACCAGACAGAAGCUGUCCGAGACGAAGAUCAGGCAGCCUCCAAGGUGAAGUCAGUAGCGUAAGGGCUCUGGUUACUGUUACCGCUGCUGCUGCUGACAUCGAAUCAUCUGCUGCGUAUGAACGGCAGACGAAAACGAGCGGAAACGAAUAACGAAUCAGUGAGGAGCAACACUCCUGAGUUUCAAAUUCAGCAACAGAAUUCACCGUGGCUUCACUGUGGCUGAAGAGACGAACGACGGCGUGAAGGCACGAACGUAUGAACCAACCAAAAAGAAUGCCCGACUCACCGUGUUGUGUUAUUAGAUUGAGACAGAAAACGGCGGAGAAACUAACGGGUUGACAAAAAAAAGAACGAGUUAAAGCAUCUCUUUUUCUUACGAAAAGCUGCCACACAUUUUAUGCAUAGCGUGUCGCGGGAUUACGCUGCAAAAGUACUGGUAAAAGUGACAGCCUGUCGUGUCGCUGCUGUUUUAUAGAAAUAAUGUUAUGGUUAAGUAGUUUGUGAGUGAAUAAUGGGUUGCGAGUAAAAGGAGUCAAAGUAGUAUUUUGUUGGUGUUGUCGUUCCUUUGUAAUAGUUUCUGUUGAAGAAUAGAAUUACUCAUAGCGUAUCGCUAAAACGAGCUCCGACCGUGCGAGGAUACGGUUGUGUUUAUUGCUUGUGGAGUCUACAAUGAUUGGAUGAAUUCAUGUAUUGGUCUAUAUAUGCCAGUAAGGGCUAAUCCGGAGCAUCGUUUAGGGCGCCCCGUAUGAAAAACUAGCAUGUUACCUGUGUAGUGUCAGCAUUAGGAACGAAGUCUAUUGUUUCGGCGGUGAAAACCCCACGGCGACCGGUACCGACGACGGAAGUUCGUACGGCGCCGGAGCAGCACCGGAAAUUCACUCACCAGGUGUUCGGCUGUAAUUUCGCUCGCGCCUAAAGCUCAAAUAGUGGUAUCGGAUUCGAACAUCGUUCGUAAAACACCACAAGCCGUUGUUGUCACGCUGAAGUGCAUUUGUUACAAAACUACCUCAUCAGGAGGAUCGAAUAGGCGAUGGCCGACCGAACUAAAGUUUCACGAUGAAGUUUCACACUACGAACGACGCCGAGCUUCUUCCCAUCUGCGACAUCCUCUUCGUCAUAUCUUCACUGCUGAUCUAUUUCUGCGAUGUGUUGUUUUCGCUGCUAUUUGCGUACGCCUUGUUCCUUCAGGACCUCGUGCUCUGGCCCUGCGUUAUUCUAACCUUAGUCCUUCUGUCAUCCGUUCUUUGUCAAGGUUUUUCAUUCAAAUGGCACGUCCGCUCACGUCGGCAGUAUCUUCGUGAUAAUCCCACGCCGCACGCUGAACCGCUUUGGCUCACCCAUACUAUCGUCUUUGUUCAUUGUUUGCAGCUGGGCGUUCUAUGGCGCUAUUUGCGACUGUUUAUUCCGGUCGAGCUGGGUUCCGUCAAGGAGCAGGUGCGAGAUCUUUGCAUGCUUCGUAUGCUGCACGCCUUCGUGCAAUCCACACCGCUGCUAUUAAUUCAACUGCAAUUGCUCUUUUCAAAGUCGCUCGACGAUAUCACCGACCUGGAUAGGGUCGCAGCGUCGCUUGCGCUGGUAUCGGUGUGUUGGGCGCUUGCUUCGUUCGGGAAAAAUGUUCGUCGCAAAAACAUGGACCGGCUUGUACUGACGUGGCUCGGUAUUGUCUGUCAAUUUUUCUGGCGACUUGGCACCGUCAGUGCGCGAGUUACAGCGUUAAGUCUCUACGCCGCACUGUAUAGUCAUUGGGUCCUUCUUCUACUCCUAUUACAUUGGCUUACGGUAUUCCUCUGGCUGUUGGCACCUAAUAACCUGUUCAAAGAUGAGGAUACUCCGGUGCCGACGCGUCUCUAUCACUGCGGUGUAGUUGCCUGUGUAUACACACUCGAUUACAUCAACCUUCAGCAAAAUGCCAGCAAGCUUAAACUGGUAGCUUUCUAUGCCGUUAUGCUUCUGGAGAACUUGUUGCUGGUGCUGCUUUGGUGUGUUGUGUAUAAAGAUAGCAAAGUGGUUUGGUUCGAAUCACAUGCUAUUCUCGUUGUUUGGGCAGGAUUCCUACUUGGAAUUAUGUUCAUGUUACUCUAUUACAAAUGUUUCCAUAUUAACGUCCUUAAGCAGAUCUACGUCGAGGGAACUUCCGAAUUGCCACGAUCGCAUAACCAGACAGUGGCAAAGCUUAGCAAAUCUACUUCUUCAGAGACUAACGGUGUUUUCAAUUGCGUUCUUAAUCGGGGCAUCAGUCGAAAAAAAAAGAAGCCAUCAACAUUUGUACCCCCACCAAACGUAAGCUUUCAACCCGGUGUCAAGAUGUCCCAACCUUUCUGGAAACGCUUAUCCUUGUCACGAAUGUCCGAUUGUGAUUCUGUUUCGAUAAGUGCCGAACAUAUCAAAUCAAAGCUUGAACAAAAGCAUAAAAAACAGCUCCUUGAACUACAGAAAAUUCAGGAAGAGCUGCGUUCGGGUCGUAUUGACGCUCUGGGCAUUUCAACACCGAUGCCGCCUCAGUUGCGGGUUGAGCCGCCUCGCAUCAAGAGAAGCCCCCUUUGGAAAGGCAAACCAAUACCAGCCGAUAUCAAUUACAACGGUUGCCACCCCGGGCUUCUAGUACAUCCGCCUAUCAGCAGCCCUCCACAAUAUGUUGCCGUUGAGCCAAGCUCAGUACAAGCUUUUGCUCUAAGCGGUAAUCGGCAAGUUCGGGGUGCAGGAACCACUGUGGCGGCCCACCACCAUCAUUACCAUCAUGUGUCGCCUUACGGUGCUGCCGAGUCGAUGGACGGAGAUAACGAUACGAGCGAUACAGAGCGAAUUCCUCCGGAUGCGCUCUAUAGAGACCAACUCCGUAGCUCUGGGCUUGCAGGCGGUGGUGGCGGUGGUUUCCGUGGAAGAACGCGGCAGAGUCGAGCCCGCCUUAAAUUUUCAUCGCAACAUCUCACCCCGCACACACAGUUAUAGCAGUUUUUGUAACGAGAAAGUGGGAUCAUAUAUUUCGAUUGUACCUAUUUUGCAUCGCAGACUUAGUGUUGACGAUCCAGAUAAUGUUCCUAUUAUUACCUCUUCUUACAAAACGCAAAUCCGAGUUGAAACUGUGGCAGAGGGCAGGUCGUAUUAAGGGAAUCGUAACUGCAACUGUUGCAUAGACAUAGCCUGAAUAACCAUCAUAGUGGAUUAUCGUGCGGGGAUUUUAUUCCUCAUAGCUAGAAUAACAGCAAUAAAUUUAUCGUAACAUAAAUCUAUCUCACAGCUUUUGGUUCACGGAUCACACUCACAAAAACAGAAGUUGAAUAGUUCUUUUAGUUUUUUUUUACCGUUGAUGACCCAUUGUACGUUAUACAUACGUAUAUACUCAACACUCGCACAACAUUCAUAAAUGAACUAACAGGAAGAGAGUGAAGCGAUAAUAUCAAAUUCACCUUAUCUCAAUUGUUCAACAACUGGGAUCCAUUUAAUAUUAGCACUGAGAUACACUCACUGAACCCAGUAGUCGAACAGUGCUUCGAACGUAUACGAAAUAUAUUCUACCGUACAAAUUUGCAGGGUGGCGAGGAUAAUGUGAGCAGUGUAAAAGUUUCAAUGUAUCAACAAUCUUUGUUUUGUUCAAGCGCGUCCUGAGAAACACAUUUAGGAGCUUAAAAUAUGAAUUAGCCUGAAAUAAGAAUACUUCAGUGCGACGAUCUCUUCAUGUCUUAUUAGAGGAAUAAGGAAAAUGAAAAAUCAAAUAGGAAGUACAACAUCUUACCUGUUUGAGUUCUAUGAAUAUAUGUAUAUACAUUGUACAUAAGACCUGAUCUUGCAGGUAGAUAGAGGAGAAUAAAUUGGCAAGCAUUGUAUGUUAUAGAGCUUUAUUUAUUGUGUGCCAAUUUAAAAUUGGCACACAAAAAGCUCUAUGAUAUAAAAUUUUGCGUUUACAAAUGCUUCUGCUUUGUACAUAUUUACGAAAUAAAUGUGUGUAGAUUACUUGUAAUAAACUUAAAUUCUCUUUCGAUUAAAUAUAUUUGUGUAGUGAUCCUUUGCUAAUAUAGCUGAUUGUAACAAGUAUUUAAUUGUAUGUAACAAAAGAAGACGAUAAAUGAACCAUAAUUAUUUUACAGCAUUUUAUAUACGCACAAUCAAUGCUUUCCUUAACCCCUUGAACCUCAAAUACUUCACUUCUCAAGCCUCUUCUACCACAAAGACAGUUGCCCAAUUAUAAAUCAUAUCUUAAGUGUUUUCGCUCGAUCUAAAAAUGCAGUGAAAGCGGGGCCAAUGUACCAGAUGCUUACUUACUAUAUAGGUCUAAUACCUCAAGCUUUCAGGCCUAAAUAUUUGAAUUUAAAUUCAUGUGUUCAAAUAGAAAACAAAAUUUACAUUGAUUUGAAUAUAAAUAAGACAUUUUAGGCUUGAGCUGUUUUUAUCUUCUCAAUUGUUUUUUCCGCAGAUGUUGUUGUCGUUUUUACAAUCCCUCAAUUUCUUUCAUAAUUAAAAUUAGACAUUGCAUUCCUUAUUUUCAAUCUAUUAUUGUAGACACUUGAUGAAGCUAAGUCGGAUUACCCAUCAUUGGCUAUGUAAUUUAUAGCUAUCUUAGCUGCAGUGUUAUACCUCAUAUCAUAGGUAAAGAUGAAAGAAUGUCUAUUCAGUUCGCACGUGAUUUCAGUCCUGCGUAAUCCGUUUAAGUAUCUAACUGCUCAGAGUUCGGUAAGCAGUACGAUUUCGACUAACCUUCAGUCUCAAGGUAGAAGCCCCUUUUCACAUUGAAUGAACUCGACUGUAUUAUUUUAGCAGUAAUGGAAAUGGCCAGUACAGAAAUAUUUUUAUUGGUUCGUAGUUUCUCGGCUGCCAAUUAAACAACACAUAUUGUCUCUCAAAGUCUUAUGUCGUCGCGUAAACUGAUAGCGGUGGCAGUCGUCCAGCCAAAUGCUUAUCCAUAAAAAAGUCAAAAACUUCAGAACAACAAUGAAGUAUUAACUCACGCAUUUAUUCGAAAUGUCGCUUCGGAUUAUGUUUACAAUGAUGCAUGGGGACGACGUGUUGUAGUUGUUACCCCUCUCAGUAUGCAAUUAUGACACGUAUAUCACACAUAUAUGACCCGUGUGUCCCCAUAGCCGUAUCCACACCGUCGACAUGCUCCGUUAAGCAGCCAGCGAUUAGCCCCACAAGAACUGUUGCAGUCGCUAAAACUGCCUCGAAAUAUUUUCAGCCACGAUCUUCAGUUUUCAGUACUAAUGCAAUCACUGCGCGAACCGCUUCUAGAAUUCAUGCUACUGCAAAAGCUGCAAUUCAUCGCGCAAAUACCAGUGGAUUUCUAAAUCCCUCUUCGCAUCCAGCGCCCGCGCAAAUCAGCGAUGUCCCGACAAACAUGAGCUUCCGGUCAACGAACUUCAAAAUUAGCAAUGUCCUUACAAAUAUUAGCGCACAGACAGAUGGCUUUUGUCAAAGCAGCGACACCAGCAUCAAUGGUAGAAAAAGUAGAAAUUGUAGUCAUAAGAACUUGCAGGAAAAGAUUAGUGGACCACUGCCGUCGAUGAAGUUCGGCAAGUUGCAGGUAUUGCAGUCUCAGGAUCAGCAAUCGCGACCGCCUCAAACAUUGAAUUCGCAGAGUUUAAAGUCGCAAUUUGCCGAGUCGAGGCAGAAUCUUGAUAACUCCAAAACGCUACAGCUCAAGUCGUCAGCAAAAUUAGAGCGGUUAUCAGAUAAGUGUAAAAUUGACUCUAGCAAUACGGACUCGAGCGAGCAUCCGUCCGAAAUUGAUUCCCUAACAACAGGCACAGCAGGACUGUACUCCACCGGUCCGCGACAAAGUGAAGGGCGACUAACUCAGUAUAACAAAUUAGCCUCUGAUAACAAGUACGUCAAACAAAUCAGGCAACCUCCAUUAAAACUGCACAAGCCAAGGACUGCGGCUUCGGGAAAGAAUUCGCCAAAAUGCAAAAAGAGGAACUUUUGUUGUGCCAUAGGCUAACUAAACUGUUGUGAAAAGGCAAUUGUAAUUGAUAGCGAUUGUUUUGCUUUUAUUGGUAAUGUUCAACAAGGAAGACAAGGCGUCACUGAUGCAGGAAUCCAAUAAGCUUUGAAGACGGAUUUGAAGAGCAAGAAAACGUCCGUUCGUUAGUUGUCGCCCAAAGAGCGUGGUGAUGUCUAAGGAAUGAACGUUAUAAUCCACCCCGAGAAGCGUCGUACAUGAACAACAGUGACCCUGGAAGCAGUCUUUUUAUUCUCUUCAAGGUAAAACUUGUUCUUUUUCGAAAAUCACCCGUGAGUAAAUACCUGCAAAGCAUUUUAUUGACACUUCAACUGCUAUCACCUCUAUCACGGCUCAAAGCUGAAGGCCAAAAUAGACUCAAAGCGCAUUGGAAGUUUCAAAAAGUUCUGUUAAAUUCGAUUUUAUAAACUACAACUCUUUUCAUCAUACGAGAGAGCAUUCAUCGUAUUGCGCAAUCAUUUUAGCAUUGUGUAAGAAAUGUAUUGUCACGUGGGAGUGUGAUACUUUCAACAUCCUGUGAUAGUGUACAAGGUAAUUUCUAUUUAUGAACACAGUAAGUCCGCGGAGAAGUAGGAACCUUUAAAAAGAGUGGCCAGCAAAAGGACUGAAUGUGAUUAUUCGAGUUUAGUAUUGAACAUGAUGAUACAGAUCAUUAUUGCUACUUCAGGACAGCCGUUUUUAACUGUUGUUUUUCUGCGCUUACGUAUUUUAUGAGCGUCCAUUGUAGUACAAUCGACGUACAACAAUAAUCAUUGCAUGUGCCAGCAGAAAAAAUAAUAGCAUAGUUUUAAACACUUUUAAGCGCAUUUUUUCUGUUUCAGAAAAACUUAAAAAAAAUCUAGGUUUAGGAAAAGCGAGGUCCCUUCUAGAAGGCAUACAUUCAGUACGUAUUUGUGUAAACUCGGGACGAACUCGGGACACCUUAUAGCAGAAUAUCCUUGAAAUAAACUCAUGUGUUAUAUUUGACAAAAUCUACUAAAUUUGAAUUAAAAGUAUCGUGAAUUGCUUGUACUUAGUUAGGGAUCAUUUACAUCGAACCUACAAACUACGUAGCAGCCAUAUAUUUGUAAUCAGUACAUAUGGGACAACAGAUUACAGAAAUCAGUACAUAUGGGAAAACAGAUUACAGUUCUGCCUGUUGCAGAAAAAAGCAGAAGUGCAUUUUAAGGUUAAGCCUUUAAUUUUGCCUUAGGUUUUUCUGGACAAAGCUCUUUGCAUUGCUAGGAAGGAACUGGAUUAAAGUCUUUCCAAAAUAUCCUCUAGAAAUUCCAAUUCUAUUAUUGAUAAAGAAAUACUAGAUUUUUUAAAAUAUAAGUAUGGUUUUGCUUUAAAAAUAUUCUUCAUACCAGUCAUCACUAUGAAGUUCUUACUGUGUAGGUAAAUUGCUUAAGAAGUACUUUUAGGCCAAGUUUUUUUUUAUUAUACCAGUACUUCGUUAUUAGGAGAACGACUUUAAAUUAGAGCCCGCUCUCGUCUAGUGAGUAAAAUAGAUGUUUUUUUUGGAAGCUAUCUUUUUAUCUGGAGAACCUGAUGUUGCUUUGUGCAAGUUUUGCGGACUUCAAAUCUGUUUAUUGGUUUAUUUCAGAAAUUGCUUACGAUCUUCGAAAUUAUCAUACAAAUUUAGCAACACGGCGGUCCUCGAAAACUGCGCAGAUUAGAAGAACUAGAAAACAUAGUUGAAAAAUUAUUGCCUUGCCGUUUCUAAUGCUAAGUUUAAAAUAUUAACUACCUCAUGUACAAUAACAAAAGAGACCUUCAAGUUUUACGCUAUCUGCGAUGGUGUGGUGGUAACAUGUUUGUCUACGAAUCGGAACAAAGAUGAAGUGGUGCAAACAUAGAAACACCUUAAUUCUCGAGUAGAAAAUUAGAUAAUAGAGAAGAUGAUACGUGUAGUAAUCCAUUAAUUCUUGAUGCCUUCAAAUCGAUUGUGUCGAGCCCCCAGAAACAAUGCAAAAAGAUUGGUAAUAAAGUAGGUUGUUUAAGAGGCAGCCGAGUGAAAGUUAGCUAGGCACCAUAGUUUACAAAAGCCAAGAUACAGCAAACACAGCUAAGCGAAAAGCAUAAAAAUCGACGGGAAUUUUCUAUGUGCAUGAUUGCUUCUUAACAUAUUUGUUUUGUGCAAUUCUAAUAUUUAUCUGAAUAUACCGCGCACAAAGCUAGACAAAGAAAAGGAAGAUUGAUGUUAGGAACAAUGGAUGAUAAAUCGAUAUUUGCGAGUUACUAGUAAUAAGUUCAAUAACAAAAAUAAUAGAUUAUUAACAUUUAUUGAUACUAAUAACCAAUACUGGCACAGAAAAAAACACGCGUUGAAAUCUUCACAUCAAUAUCAAAAAUUAACUAGCAUUUAUUUACUUUCUCCUUGUAUGACUUCAAUGACUCAUUAACUUGCAAACCUUCCUUGUCGUUGCCGCUUUGCUAACGGGCAAUACUCGACAUUAAUCACUGCAAUAAUAUUGUCAAUUUUUCUCAUUUACCUCUGUAAGUCGAUAAUGUCCACCUGCUUUUAUCUUCCCCUUUCUACUUUACUAUCUUCAUUUUUGUAUGAUUCAAAUUGUAAAAAUAUUCCAGUACGUGAAUUUUAACAGAGCACCCAAUCAACAUCAGAAUACAACUCUACUGCAUAACAGUACUGAGUAAUAAUAAUGAGAGGCAUUCAUAGCAUUGUAGUUAUUCUUAAUUAUAUUUAUUAUGUACAGACACUAACGCAUUGCUUGGGUGUCAAAUAAAAAAGGUUUUCACUAGUAUCAUUGGAAUUCCAUACUUAAAGACGGCAGCUACGCUAAGUGGGUAGCUUUCGCCAAAUUAUUUUUCGCCUUACAUAUCGUAACCCGGCCAGCCUUUGUUCGCC